UGGAUGUGGCUGAGCACGGCGGCUGGUACUGUGCCGCGCGGGGGCCCAGGCAUGGCCGGGGACGGACGGGGACCGGCCAAGCUGUAGCCGCGGACCACAGCGCCGUCGCGGGGGCCGCCGUCAAGCCCAGCUGCGGCCAUGGAGUGCCGGUGAUCGCCGUAGCCGCGGAGCCACAGCCGCGGCCCCGCCAGGAGAUGAUGGCCCUGCAUGCGUUCUGCUCGGUGCUAGAAGUGUUACUAGUAACAAUCUUUGUAGUGGAAGGGAUUGCCGUUGCACAGAAGACACAAGGUGGGCAAAAUAUUGGCAUGAAUCGCAUUCCUCCCGCUCAGUGUGACAACUGGGUACGGACAAGUAAUGGAGGACAUUUUGCUUCACCAAACUACCCUAAUGUGUACCCACCAAAUCAAGAGUGCAUCUAUAUCCUAGAAGCUGCUCCACGACAGAGAAUUGAGUUGACCUUUGAUGAACCUUAUUACAUAGAACCUUCAUUUGAAUGUCGCUUUGAUCAUCUGGAGGUUCGAGAUGGACCCUUCGGUUUCUCCCCUCUCAUUAAUCGUUACUGUGGUCUGAAAAGUCCUGCACUAAUUAGAUCAACAGGGAGAUUUAUGUGGAUCAAGUUUACUUCUGAUGAGGAGCUGGAGGGAAAGGGAUUUCAAGCAAAGUACUCAUUUAUACCAGAUCCUGACUUCACUUACCUAGGAGGUAUUUUAAAUCCCAUCCCAGACUGCCAGUUUGAGCUCUCAGGAGCAGAUGGAAUAGUACGCUCUAGUCAAGUAGAACAAGAAGGAAAAACAAAACCAGGACAAGCAGUUGACUGCAUAUGGACAAUUAAAGCUACUCCAAAUGCUAAGAUUUAUAUGCGAUUUCUCGACUAUCAAAUGGAGCAUUCAAAUGAAUGCAAAAGAAACUUUGUUGCUGUGUAUGAUGGAAGUAGUUCUAUUGAAAACCUGAAGGCAAAAUUCUGCAGUACUGUAGCAAAUGAUGUCAUGCUGCAGACUGGCACAGGUGUGGUACGGAUGUGGGCAGAUGAAGGCAGUAGGCUAAGCAGAUUCAGAAUGCUGUUCACUUCAUUUGUGGAUCCUCCCUGCUCAGGCAGCACUUACUUCUGCCAUAGCAACAUGUGCAUCAAUAAUUCUUUAGUGUGCAAUGGCAUUCAGAACUGUGCAUACCCUUGGGAUGAAAAUCACUGCAGAGAAAAGAAAAGAACUGGAUUGUUUGAACAAAUUACCAGAACUCAUGGAACAAUCAUUGGCAUCACGUCAGGAAUAGUUUUAGUACUUCUCAUCAUUUCAAUUCUAGUACAAGUAAAACAACCUCGCAAAAAGGUUAUGGCUUGCAAGACUGCAUUCAAUAAAACUGGCUUCCAGGAAGUAUUUGAUCCUCCACAUUAUGAACUGUUUUCACUGCGAGACAAAGAAAUUUCUGCAGAUCUGGCAGAUUUAUCAGAGGAGCUUGAAAACUACCAGAAAAUCAGACGCCCUUCAACAGCUUCCAGAUGCAUUCAUGACCAUCACUGUGGCUCUCAGGCCUCUAAUACAAAACAAAGUAGGACAAACCUCAGCUCUGUGGAGCUUCCCUUCCACAAUGACUUUGCUCAGCCUCAGCCAAUGAAAACAUUUAACAGCACAUUCAAGAAAAGUAGCUACACUUUCAAACAAGCGCAUGACUGCCCUGAGCAAGUCAUAGAAGACAGGGUGAUGGAGGAGAUUCCGUGUGAAAUUUAUGUUCGAGGAAGAGAAGAUGCGGCACAAGGUUCAUUGUCUAUUGACUUUUGAUUUCCUAGUGAAGGUGGUAUCAGUGUCUACAAGAUGCUUGUGUACAAUGACAGUGUAUAUAUUUAAAGUGUAUUAUAUGCAGCGUGUGAGAUACACUUUUAGCUUAUUAUAUUUGAUUUUAAAAAAGUCUGCAUAACUAAUUCUUUCUGAGAAAUGGUAGAUUUCCUCCCAUCUUCCUAACAUACCUACCUAGUGGAGGAGUAAGACAGACUUUGCAUGGAAACUACAAGUAAAGGAUAUUAGAAUUAAAAACCCAGCAGCUACUAACCACUGAAGACUGAAAACAAUUAUUACUAUUCCUUAUCUAAUUUUCUCUUCUUUAGGCAUCUGCUUUUCAAGACAAUUUUAAUACCUCAGUUACAUAAAUAAAAGUGCACCACAUGUAUGUCAACAUAGGUGUCUUACUGUAUUUGUCAAAUUGAAAGUAGUGUUAAGUGCCAGUUAAGAAUCAAGAAUAGUGUUACAGCCAUGUUUCAUCUUGCCUACUGUUUAUAUUGCCUUUAAUUGUUAGUUCUUCACUCUGCUUUGUGAGAAGUGAAAAGGAUUACUGCCUUUUAAAAUAGUCACAUGAAUUUUAAUACAUUUGAACAUAUGUAAUUUUGCAGCUUGUGGUUUAAACACAAGUUAAGUACUCGUGUUAGUCUAGAUGCAGACUUUCACAACAAUAUUUUUUCAAGAAGAUUUGGGAUUUUAAAAUAUUCUGCCAUGUAUUACAGAUCCAUAUGGCUCACUGACUUCACAGCUCUGUAGUUAGAAAACAAUUUUGUUCCAGCCUUUUCCAAGUACUGUCAUAAAUAGGCUGUACUGUACAUUUGUUCCUUAAAUAGCUUUUUCCUCCAUAUUGCAGCAAAUCUUCCCUACUGAAAUCAGUGGUAAUACUUUUAGCUCAUGUUCCACUUGCCUGAAGAGAACUGUUCUGAGGUCUGUGUGACUACCAGGUACAUGAAGAUACUGGAGACAGAGAAAUCACAAAGCAACUCUUGAUUUACCCUUGGAACAUUUCUUACACCCCUUGAUUCCACUCACAAAAUUGCACAUUUCAUACCUUUUUUAGUAGUGGUUUGGACCUAAUUUUAAAAUUUUUACAAUAUAAAAAACUUUUUAAAAUAAAAUAAUUCUCAUUGUGUUUUUAAACUUUUUAUACAGUUUGAUACUGUACAGAUAUUUAUUGAAACAAAAUCUAACAGCUGUACAGCAGGCUUGUUUCAGUGUCCCUGUUUGCAGCUCAAAGUAACAUACAGUGCCUGCUGUGUACAUUGCAAUUUGCCAAUAACACUUAAUAUAACUUCUACAUUAGCCUACAUUUUAGACCCUGGCUUGUUUGGGUUUAUUCUGGUAUUUUGUUUUCAGGAAGCCUUUCACUGAAGGUGACCAACCAGCAUGUACUGGGCAUAUCCUUCAUUUACAAAUGUAUGUAAAACCAUAAUGCUUGCUGUUCUGACUAUCGUACAAAAAAAAAAAAA